GUGUCUGUCUUGUUCCAAGAUAGCUAUGAAGGCCGGUACCUGCCCUGUACUUCAUUAGUCUCUCAGUCUCUCUGCUGGCACAGCAGCUGCUGCAGGGACAUAACUACAUCCUCAGAGAGAAACACACACUCCACCAUGGGCUGCUGUAGCGUGCUGUGCGGGCUGAAGGCUGGAAUUGGGAUUGGAAUUGCUCUGGCCAUACUGGGUAUAAUCCUUUUCCCCGUGGGCAACAACAUCAUCCAGGAGACUGUUGAAAAGGAAUCUGUCCUAGAGCCUGGAACCACAGCUUGGGACAACUUUGUGUCUGUAGGACCACCUGUGUACAGACAGUUCUGGCUCUUUGAUGUGCAGAACCCACUGGAUGUGGUGGAGAAUGGGUCAAAGCCGAUAGUGGUUGAGAAAGGGCCCUACACAUACAGGACGCGAUACCUGGCCAAAGCGGACAUAACGCCCAAUACAGAAACCCACACCGUGUCCUUCCGGCUCCCUCUGGGGGCUAUCUUCGAGCCCUCCAUGUCUGUGGGAUCUGAGGGAGAUAAUGUCACCUCCCUCAACCUGGCUGUGGCUGCUGGUUACAAAUUAUUGCCCCCUGGUCUUCUGGAGGCUGCAAUACUGCUCAAAGGUGUCUCACUCUUCCAGCGACGGACAGUAGGGGAAUUGCUCUGGGGAUACAAAGAUCCUAUUCUGAAAAGUACACUGGGCUUCUUUUAUCCUUACAAUGGCACCUUUGAUGGGCCCUACAGUAUCUUCACAGGAAAGCACAACAUCUCCAAAGUGUCUAUAAUUGACACCUGGAAGGGGAAAAAAAAGGUGUCUUUCUGGAACAACACAUACUGCAACAUGAUCAAUGGCUCAGAUGCCACAUCAUUCCCUCCCUUCAUAGACAUGAAGAAAUCUCUGUACUUCUUUGUCUCUGACAUUGCAAGGUCUGUGUCUGCUGUGUAUGAGGACAGCCUGGACCUGAAGGGGAUUGAGGUGUACCGAUUCAAACUGCCUCCGCUCACCCUGGCCUCUCCGCUAGAAAACCCAGACAACAUGUGCUACUGCACGGAUCCUGUAGUUACCAGGAACUGCACAAUGGCCGGAGUCCUGGACAUCAGCUCAUUCCGCGGUGUACCAGUCUACAUCUCCCUGCCCCACUUCCUGCAUGGUAGUCCGAAUCUGGUUGACGCUAUUCAGGGCCUCAGACCUAAUGAUGAGCAACACUUUACUUUCUUGGAUGUUGAACCGACCACAGGGUUCACUCUGAGGGCUGCUAAGAGACUUCAGGUGAACAUGAUGUAUGGACCCUCCGAUGUCAUCACGGUGUUAAAGAAAGUGAAAGACUACACCAUAUUCCCUUUAGUUUGGCUAAACGAGACAGCAUCCCUGGAUGAUGAGACAGCAGAGAUGUUUAAGACGGAAUUAUUCUCCCGAAUUGAAAUGCUAAAAACAGUGCAGUUUACCCUGUUAGGCUUAGGGUCAGCAUGCUUUGUUCUAUGUCUGGUGGCCCAUUGUGUGCUGAGCAGAAGAAAGAGCAACGAAAGUGUAUGAAUGGGGAAGUGCAACCCUACUCCCACCGAACGGCGCGCCGACAGAACAUGGAUAUCAGCACAAUCACUUUUUAUACAAUGCACUUUUCUUAAUUUAAGUUAAUUUAAGUGUUAUUUAAAAUGUUCAAAUUCUUACUAUGAUACAUAGCAAGCAUGUGUGAAUGUAGAUAUUUUGUGAGUAAGAAUAAUACUACACAUUGGAUAUCUUUGUACUGUUCUGUCAGAAGAUAGAUAUAAUAUAUCUGCAGUAACAGUGUAAUUAUUGUGUUUCACAGUAUUACUUACCCGCCAAUUAUGUGAAUGGCUCCAAUAUUUAGCCGCUGAUUUCUCCUGACAUUUAAUAAGUUAACAUGCAUACCAACUAUUUGGUUAAACUGACUGACAGCUGGCCAAAGCCCACUGACUCUGCUUUUUAACAGUUAGGUCAAAAUAAAGGUGAAUAUAUGUUAA